UGGGCUACACUGUGGCUGAUGUCAAGUGGUGCUGUAUUAUCUGGUCGGUUGACAGUUAAAUUGUGUAGAACACUUUAGUUUUCGCACAGCAUAUCGUAAAACGAUAUGAUGCACUUUAGAGGAAACUACGUGACGUGUAACGUUCGAAGUGUAAGAGUAUUUUUGUGUUAGUCUGUGAUAUAGCGUAGUUCCGAACUGAGUCGGCAAUGUGCUGGAGGCGCUAAAUUCCCGUAGUGCUACAUCGUGUAGUUCAACAUUGGUUUAAUAUUCCACAAGUGAAAUCUCAACGCGAAUGGAUGGAAGGGAUCAAGAGGUGGUCCAAAAUUAUAACCGAGCCAAAAAUACUACACUACUAGUCAUCUUCAUUGAGAGAAACAGAUAUGUGAUAAGUUUUGAGUGAUUUUUUUCCGUAAACGUCUAUUUCAUGGCAGACGCAAAGAAAGGGCGUUGCAGAUUUUCAGGCGAAGAAGAAUUAAUUCUCCUUCGAGAGGUACUAGCAUUGAACCCCUUCGAAAACCGUUCGAAGUGGGCUGUAGUACAAGAACGAGUUGCCUCGAUUUGUGGCAAGAAUUUCUCGGUGCGUUUGGUGAAAGAGCAUACGGAAAAUAUAGCCAAAUUGUGGCAGAAGCAAGAUGGUGUUAAUUUGAGAAAAUCAGGGUCAGAAGAACAAUAUAUGGAAAAGGAUCAGCUCCUACUUGAAGUUCGUGAUUUGAUGGAAGAAUUUGGAGCGAAAAAGAAGUCAAAAAUCUCUACCAUGCAAACUGAAAGAGAAGUAGAUAGCUGGGAUCCCGUGAAGGUGCUUGAUGAAGGGUCAGCCACUUCAUCCUCCUCCCUGCCCAACUCUUCCCCCACCCACACCCCAACCCCGGUCAAGACGCAGGUGCUCACCCCAACUUCAACACAACCACCCACCCCCAUCCCCAGCUCUACCCUCACGGUUACUACACGGGCUACAAAUCCAACCAUUAGUGUGAAACCAACACACACGCUGAUUCUGACAAGAACCCCAAAUCCAACCCUCAUCAUGACACCCAAGCGGACGACAAUUCCGACUCCAACACCAGGCGAAACCCCAACCCCGACGCCAACCCCGACACCAGUCUCAUCUCUAACCCCAACACCCACCCCGACCUCGACACAAGUCCUUUUGAACAGCGUUCGGCCCAGAGAGCUCACAGUCAAGGGCUCUACCUUGCUGAAUUUAAAAGACAGCAAUUGGCACCGAGAAGUUGAGGAGAAGAAAAUAGUGAUGGAAGAAAGGAAGCUAAAGUUAGAAGAGGAGAAGUUUAGUAUUGAAAGAAAGGAAAGAGAGGCAAAAUUAGCCAUGGAACUGAAAGAAAGAGAAAGAAAACUGGAAAUGGAGAUUCAGGAAAGAGGAGCUCGUCUUCGAUUGGAGGAGGCACUAAUGCAAAAUGCUACAACAUUAACUGGCAUAUUAGCAGAAAUACUAAAGCAACUGAAAAAAUAAUAUUUGUUGUUAAUAAAAUAUUUUUAUUUCUACCUUGGCCUUUUCAUUGACAGAACGAUUCUUUUGUCUUUGAAAAAUGUGAGUUUUCUUACUUCCCUUACAUUAAUAUUUUGCUGCUAUUAAUUAUAGUAGAGUAAUAUAAUAGGAGCAAACAUUCAAUAUGUGACAUGCCAAUUUCUCUCCUUUCUGGAAAAAGGCAAAGAGAAUUUCAAAACUAUGCCCACGAUACAUCUUUAGUACAAAAUUCGUAAUUAUGUUGUAAGAUAGGCUAAAUAUAUCAAUAAAGUAAAACUUAUAUAUUUCUUUUAUGGUUCCAUUUAAGAGCCAAUUUUGUUAUGGACACAUGUAGGUGACAGGUCAUGUUCUGAUGGAACAGCUACUGGGCACAUCUUAAUUUGAAUAAAUAAUGAUGUGUAAUGUUUUAAUGAAAAACCAACUGAACAUAUUUUGGUUUGAUAUGAAAGUUAAUCAUUUUUAUUAAAAUCUUAACAUUAUCAUGGGAAAAUAUUUAGUUUACAUUUCAGAUUAAAAAGCAAUGCUGGUCAUGACUGUGUAAAUCCAAAGUUAAUUAUUAAUAUCUUUUAUACAGGAAAUAAUUUUGUACAAGUAGUGAAAUGUUAUCAUAAUACUCAUUUAAAACACUUCCGUUCCCUUGACUGACCCAUACCGCAUCUUAUAAUUGGACACUGCAUGCCCUUUCGGUAGCAUCGCUUUCUUUCCUUGUGAAUUUAAAAAUAUAAAUUUUACUCCUCUGGUGUAAGCCACACUUACAGUUGGCAUUUUU